AUGACCAAAAUUCUACUGAGUUGCAAUGCCGAAGAACAUGAGAAUGCACAAAAGAUCCAAGCUGCAAUUCGAGAACAGCUCGGGUUCGCAGUAAUGAUGGACGUCGAAGACUGGCAAAAUCAUUCGUCCAAGGAAGAGGAGAUGUCGCUAACACUACUAGACAGCAAUCUCGAGGCAGCCUCACUACUAUUGGUCUUUCAAUUCGGAUACGAGAACAUUUCUGCCUGGGUCAUGAUCGAAGAAAGUGAUGAGAGAAAACGCGACGUCUCUAUGAGGAAUGAGUACGAGGACGAGGAUGACGAGGACUACUUCCCUGAAUGCGUCGACUUUUCCGAGUCUAUCGCGGAAGGAAUAGUAGUCUUUGAAGAUAUUCUCAAGCACAAUCUUGGUCUAGUCUUGAGAGGACAACCAGAGAAGAAGACUGCUACUUAUUGCUCGUCAGCAGACGAAGAAAUAUUGACAGCCGAGGUAACACUCGUCGCGCCGCUUGCUGAGGUUCAAAGCGUGGCUGCUGGUUUGAGCAAGGUGGACAAACAAGAUUCUGCAGCAACCAGCAGCAGUAACAUGCCAACGACGAUACCUUCCGAUCUACCGAAAUUUCUUUUGAAUGGAAGAGGAGCCGAUUGUCUCAUCAACAAAUUCAAGCGUCGUCUGUCACUCCAAUAG